CGUCGCAAGAAAACUGCCUCAGUCAUACAACCAGGAAGAAGCUGGCAGAGCCGCCGUGAAGCUAACAUCCCACCGUCUUUCCGCGUACUUUCCCCGACAAAUGAUGGGGUCUUCGAGGUGGAAGUGGGCAGCGGCGGCGUUUCUGACACUAGUGGGCUCCUUAUUACCCGUGCAUGCUGACGAGCACGACCACACGUACACAGACAAGGAGGAGGUAGUUUUAUGGAUGAACACAGUGGGGCCUUACCACAACCGACAGGAGACAUACAAAUAUUUUUCUUUGCCUUUCUGCGCGGGCUCCAAGAAGACCAUCAGUCAUUACCAUGAAACACUGGGAGAGGCUCUUCAGGGAGUAGAGCUGGAAUUCAGCGGCUUGGACAUUAAGUUCAAAGAUGAAGUUAUGCAGACGACAUACUGUGAAAUUGAGUUGGACAAAGCCAAAAGGGAUGCCUUUGUUUAUGCCAUAAAGAAUCACUACUGGUACCAAAUGUACAUAGACGACCUGCCCAUCUGGGGUAUCGUUGGUGAGGCGGAUGAAAAUGGAGAAGAUCAUUACCUUUGGACAUAUAAGAAACUGGAGAUCGGCUUUAACGGCAACAGAAUUGUUGAUGUAAAUCUGACCAGCGAAGGCAAAGUCAAACUCAUGCCGAACACGAGAAUCGCAAUGUCUUAUUCCGUGAAAUGGAAGAAGUCAGACGUGAAGUUUGAGGACAGAUUCGACAAAUACCUGGACCCGUCCUUCUUCCAGCACAGGAUUCACUGGUUUUCUAUCUUCAACUCCUUCAUGAUGGUCAUUUUCUUGGUGGGUCUGGUGUCCAUGAUUCUCAUGAGGACACUAAGAAAAGAUUAUGCCAGGUACAGCAAAGAAGAGGAAAUGGAUGACAUGGACAGAGACCUGGGAGACGAGUACGGGUGGAAGCAGGUGCACGGAGAUGUUUUCAGGCCCUCCAGCCAUCCUCUGAUCUUCUCCUCCCUCAUUGGCUCUGGCUGUCAGAUCUUCUCCGUCUCCCUCAUCGUCAUCAUCGUCGCCAUGGUUGAGGAUCUCUACACAGAGAGAGGAUCCAUGCUCAGCACAGCCAUCUUCGUGUACGCUGCCACCUCGCCCGUCAACGGCUACUUCGGGGGAAGUUUGUAUGCAAAACAAGGAGGCAGGAGAUGGAUUAAACAAAUGUUCAUCGGGGCAUUUCUGAUCCCGGCCAUGGUGUGCGGGACGGCCUUCUUCAUCAACUUUAUUGCGAUCUACUACCACGCCUCCAGAGCCAUCCCCUUCGGGACCAUGGUGGCUGUUUGCUGUAUCUGCUUCUUCGUGAUUCUCCCACUAAACCUCGUGGGAACAAUUUUGGGAAGGAAUCUAUCCGGGCAGCCAAACUUCCCCUGCAGAGUGAACGCCGUGCCCCGACCAAUCCCCGAGAAGAAAUGGUUCAUGGAGCCGGCUGUCAUCGUGUGCCUGGGAGGAAUCCUGCCGUUCGGAUCCAUUUUCAUAGAAAUGUACUUCAUCUUCACAUCUUUCUGGGCCUACAAAAUCUACUAUGUGUACGGCUUCAUGAUGCUGGUUCUGGUGAUUCUUUGCAUCGUGACCGUGUGUGUCACCAUUGUGUGUACAUACUUCCUGCUCAACGCUGAGGACUACAGAUGGCAGUGGACAAGCUUCCUCUCAGCUGCAUCCACUGCAGUUUAUGUUUAUAUGUACUCAUUUUACUACUAUUUCUUCAAAACUAAGAUGUACGGGCUGUUUCAGACGUCCUUCUACUUCGGCUACAUGGCUGUGUUCAGCACCGCCCUGGGGAUCAUGUGCGGUGCCGUUGGAUACAUGGGAACAAGUGCCUUUGUGAGGAAGAUCUACACAAAUGUUAAAAUCGACUGACAAACAAGCGCAGAGCAACACGACGGGGAUGUUAAGGAUUUGCCUACAUGCGUACCGAGACGGUGGGCACAAAUCAUUCUUUACUACUUUUCUUUCUUGCAAAGAGAUUGUGAGAACCUCACUUUGUACAAUGUGUAGAUUUUCCAUUUUCUGAAUGAAUUUCAACGCUGCAACUCGAGGGGGAACCAGAGGAAAUUUGCAGCAGAGACAUCAGACAAAAGAUUCUGCUUUUAUCAGUUGCUUUCAAACAAACGGUGGGGCAAAUGUUUAAAGCUGACAUGACUUCUCGUUUUCCAGCCCAGUCCCACUUGAGACCAGAGAACACGAUGCAUAUUGACGUGGUAGCGUAGCUCUCUUCAGUGAAGAGGCCGAAGUGUACGGAAAGCCUUUGUUCUUUUGUUUCAGAAUAUUGGGAAGCUGGGUUUCUAUUGCGUUCUCACCUGAUUUACAUUUUGUAUUAAAGUCACUCAAUAUUGUUAACACACAGCUCAGUAGUUUUUUGGUUCUUGUUGGGUUUUUUUUUUUUUUUUUUGUUCCCAGUUACUUCAUUUGCAAAGAAAGGACAAAGAAAACUGUCACUCCAAAAUCAUUCCCCCAUAAUGACGAUUCUUAGUUCCCCGUUACAGUAGCAGUCCAUCCAGUCGCUGAAAUUUUAGUCCUGCUGUAGUUUACUGUACAAACAAAACCACAGAGGGACUUAUCAACAGUUGAGGUACAGUAAGAACUGAUUUUUUUUUUAAAUGGAUGUUUGAUGUGAUUCAAUUUCCCAGUUUAGUCUUGUUUUCUUAAUGUUUGGGUUUGAAUGAAGUCUACUUGUAAAGAUAAUAUAUGGAUGGGAGAGCGUGUAUAUAACCUUAAUGUACCUUUUAGAUGUAGAUCCCAGAUGUAUUUUCAUUGUACAGAUUUACUACAGGGUUUUUUUUUUGUUUUUUUUUGGUGCUUGGGGUGGGCCAGGUAGCGCUGUUACAUCUUGUGUGGCAUUGCAUGAUGUUUUUAACCAAACCAUCUGAUCAUCAGAUUCCACUUUAGUCAGUUCCCUGCCUCCCCAUCUUCUGAUAGCAAGCUUCUUCUCUCUUUUAUUAUUUUGGUCAAUUUUCAAACCGGGUUAAGGAUUCUUUUUUUUUUUUUUUUACCGUAAUAUUUUGUUAAAGCUUUAAAAAGGCUCGACAUCUUCCAGUAAGCCAUUCUCUCAUGUUGUUGCCGAACCUGAAACAUCGUUUUUGAAUGUCCGAAGGGAGCAGGCAGUCACUUUGUUCCUGCAAUCAUACUGUACAAAGUGAAGUUUAUGUACAACUAAAAAGUAGAUGUUUUCAUAACCACACACAGUGCUGCGGAGUGUUUCAAAUGCUUUUUUCCAUUUUGUGUAAAUACAGUAUGUACCCUACUUGUAUGAGAAGUGGUUAUGCCUUUUUUUUUCUCUUUUUUUUGGUCUAAUUUCCAGUUCUCCCCCACUGAAGUUGAUUUUGGCACCUCAUGUUGUGUACCGAUGUCUGAAGAGACAUUUUGAACUUGCAUAUUAACUUACUGUAAAAAGAAAAUAAACAUGUUUAUGUACA